AUGGGACAAGCGAUGUCAGACAUGGCUGCGACACUGUCGGACACCUGCUGUGGUGAGACCACAGGAGAAGAUGAGAUCAGGAACGUCGCUCCCGACCUGAUGCCAGGCACGAGACCCGCCAGGGUAGCGCCGCAGGAUGUACAGCACCUCAAGGACAUGGGCUUCCAAGAAGUGGCCGCUACAAACGCGCUUGAAGCCUGCAAUGGCAACUUGGACCAAGCAACCCAGCUGCUACUCGCGAGUGCUGCUGCCGAGUCCCCAGAGAUGGCGAUUCCGCCGCCACCACCGCCGCCAGCGGAGGUCGACCCUCUUUCGGAGAAAGUGGACACCCUGGUCGGCAUGGGCUUCACUGAGGCCAAGGCCCGUGAUGCCCUCGAUGGUUGCAGCGGCAACCUGGAGCGAGCUGUCGAAUAUCUCACCACCCAAGCGUGUUGCCCUAGCCGUCGUUGCAAUGCCAUUGCUCCGUGCCUGUGGCCUUGCGGCUACCUUCCCGACAGCUUCAGAGAAUCGGGCACGCGCGAAACGCGCGAAGAAGGAAGGCCCCUCGCCAUGGGCUCUGUUCUCUCAGAUCCAUGCUGUGGCAACGGGUCAGGAGAUGAUUCGACUGAAACCAGGGACGUGGUACCAGCACUCGUACCAAGUGCCGAAAUACCGGCUCGUUUGACCGACAACACGAAGCUGGCAGGUCCAAAGCCCAAAGCAAAGAAGCCUAGAAAAGAGGACAUCAAGACGCUCAAGGAUAUGGGCUUUGAGGAGGUUGCUGCGAAGAAUGCGCUGGAAGCGACCAACGGCAACCUUGACCAAGCGAUGCAGCUGCUGCUGUCAACUGUCUCGCCCGAGCCCGCGCCUCCAACAAGCCCGCGUUCCCCUCCGGCGCGAGCAGCGCCGACUCCGACGGCACCUGUGUCGAGUGCCAUGGACGAGAAGAUUGCUACUCUCGUGGGUAUGGGCUUUACGGACACCCAAUCGCGAAAUGCAUUGGACGGCUGCAGUGGGAAUGUGGAAAGAGCGGUCGAGUACCUCAUGGCCUCGGGCGAAUGA